CCAAAUUUCUCACGCUCACCAUAAUGGCGGCCUCCAUACAUCACUUAUGUAUGAUGAGGCGCGGAGGAUUUUUAAAGCACUUUUUUGGGUUUAAAUGUUGUUCGUCGAAACGAGCUAGCACUAAAAGUGCUGCUGCGAAAAGAGAGCUUUCCAUUACGAAAGAUCAAUAUGAAAAGACUGAAAGAAAACCGUUCUAUAAACUAUUAGAAGAGAGAAAGGAACAAGCAGAGAGAUCCGUUCUUGUGAGCUGCCCCUCGAAUACAUCAGAGAAACGGUUUCUAAAACACAUGUCCAAGCAUGGAGAUAUAAACAACUGCUUUUUCUAUGAAAGUUUUGGAACAUACGCGGUGGUGGAGUUUUCCAAACGUGACGGCGUUCUUUCGGUUUUCGAAAGCGCUGCUAUACCGACCUUCCCGCACGAAGCUGCUGUGCCUUUCAAAUCCAGGCUGCUGUCUUUAAAAACCAAUAAUUCAAGUGACGUGACGAACAGCCAGCCGUCUGUUAAAGUAUUCAGUCAGACUGCCAUUCCCAUCGGUGAGCUUGUCAGGAGGCUGUCCAAAGAAGACAGUAUAGACCAGCAGCUGCUCCUCCUCACAAACGUUCUGCAGCUGACCGAAGAGAACAUUCGCCUGCGCUUCCUCGUCUGCUCCCUGCUGAGGGACAUUGCUGCCUCUUAUUUCCCGGAAUGUGUGGUGAGGCCGUUCGGCUCCUCCGUCAACGGCUUCGGGAAGCUUGGCUGCGACCUGGACAUGUUUCUGGAUCUGGAUGGCAUCAGCGGGAUUAGCCAAGACAAGACAGGAAGCAGCUACUCCUUGGAAUACCAGCUGAAAAGGACGUCCACGGAGAGGGUGGCCACACAGAGCAUCCUGUCUGUCAUCGGCGAGUGUGUGGAUCAGUUUGGCCCGGGUUGCGUGGGCAUACAGAAGAUCCUCAACGCCCGCUGCCCGCUGGUGCGCUUUUCCCACCAGCCGUCUGGCUUCCAGUGUGACCUCACGGCCAACAACAGGGUGGCGAUGAAAAGCUCAGAGCUGCUGUAUCUGUACGGGCAGCUGGAUGAGCGCGUGCGUGCCCUGGUGUUCAGUGUGCGCUGCUGGGCCCGGGUCCAGGGCAUCACCAGUAACAUCCCUGGAGCCUGGCUCACCAACUUCACCCUUACCAUGCUGGUGGUAUUUUUCCUGCAGAAGAGGAGUCCCCCCCUAAUCCCUACACUGGACCACCUCCAGGCACUAGCAGGACCCAAGGAUAAAAGCAUCAUUGAAGGGAACGACUGUACUUUCGUUAGCGACCUAACAAAGGUCAAACUGCAGGAAAACAGUGAUUCAUUGGAACAUUUACUGCUGGAAUUCUUUGAGUUUUACGGCAACUUUGACUUCAGCAAACUGUCCAUCAACAUCAGAAAGGGGAAGGAGCAGGGCAAGCCGGAGGCAGCACCGCUGCACAUCCAGAACCCUUUCCAACCAGCGCUGAACGUCAGCAAGAACGUCAACGGCACGCAGCUGCAGCGCUUUGUCUCACUCUGCCAGGAGAGCGCCUGGCUGGCCCAGCAGCCGGAGGUGCAGAGCCGCUGUGACACCCCCUGGGGCCUGGCAGCCCUGCUGGCGCCCCUCGACGCUGUCGGCAAGGGGAAGAAGAGCAAGAAACGUCGGGCGGAGGCCCCCAGCGCCAGGAUUAAAGGCCUCCUGGAUUCCUUGAGAACUGGCAAGACCAGUGCUAAGGGGGGGAGCACUUCAUAAAAUUCCCACUAGAGGGCAGCAUCUAAAGGCAGGGACACUCCGAAUUCUGCCUCCGGGAGGCAGGCAUCACCUUGACCACCUAGAGGGCGCUGAGGCAUUCUUAAAGGGACAGUGCACACUUUGCCAAAGGCAUUGAAUUUUCCUGUUAUGGUGGGUCUUGCCUCACCAGUUUUAAUGUAGGUGUAUAUUAAAAAAAAUCCUGAGAAA